AUGAUCAAAUUAUGUAAUCAAACUGAUCCGAAUAUGACUGAUACUUCCAAAUUAAAUUAUUUACAAAUGGGUUUAAAGCAGUCAUUGCAAAAAGACGUUUUUCGUCGUCAUCCAUCAACGGCAUCCCAAUUCUUUCAAGUAGCACAAGAAGAAGAAUCAUUACAAACUAUUGUUCGUACCCAGGCAGCAUUAGCUGCUUCGGUUUUCAUCGAUUCCCUCCAGUCCAAAGCUGAGCCAGAAACGUCUGUAUCAUCUGUUCAAUGUUCACCUCAAAAACUAAGUGCUCGUCCAGUACCAUAUCAUCAGAAUUCGUCUGCUACAAAAAGUUACAAUCCUCCUACUAAUACAACACAUACCCCAAAGAAAGCAUCUCCACGCUGUUUUGGAUGUGGUAAAGUCGGACAUUUCAUCCGCACUUGUAUUCAACAUCCUCCAAAAAGAGCCUGUUAUCGCACAAAUCCUUCGUUGAUAUACAUCGGUGUGUUUGUCAAUGGGAAAAGAAUCCGAGCCCUUGUCGAUACUGGUGCUACACAUUCAUUUAUAACUCAAGGAACCCUCG